AACAGUUAAAGCUGAGUUGGCCGUCAUUACUUCUCCUCCCACUCAGCCGAAGCCAUAUAAACAUUUGUCCAGAGUAACAGGGCUUUUCUCUUGCCCAAAAAACAGCAGAGAUGGCGCACACAGACAACCAAAGCUCAACUUUCCCUGACAUCGUGGAGCUGAACGUGGGCGGCCAGGUGUAUGUGACCCGGCUAGAAACUCUCACAGCGGUACCCGACUCUCUACUGUGGGCCAAGUUCAGCCAAAGUUCCCCCGAAGACCUACCUAAAGACGGUAAGGGUCGCUUUUUUUUCGACCGCGACGGCUUUCUGUUCCGCUAUAUUCUGGACUUCUUGCGGGACUCGGAGCUCUUCCUGCCGGAGUUCUUCAAGGAAAGAAGGAGGCUACAGAAGGAGGCUGACUUCUUCCAGCUGCCCGAACUGUCGAGGCGCCUCAGCAACGACAGCUCAUACACGGAGGACAAUGGGGAUCCGGAGGAGGCUGAGAUCCCCAGUCCGGCCACUACGCCUUCUUCCUCGGAUAGAACCCUACGCUCGCCCGGGUCCACUUCCGGGUACAUCACGGUGGGCUACAGGGGCAGCUACACCAUCGGAAGAGACAUCCAAGCCGACGUUAAAUUCCGCAGAGUGGCCAGGAUCACAGUAUGCAGCAAGAUCUCUCUUGCCAAAGAAGUCUUUGGGGACACUCUGAACGAGAGCCGAGACCCGGACCGACCUCCGGACAAGUACACGUCCAGGUACUACCUUAAGUACAACUUCCUGGAGCAGGCUUUCGACCGGCUGGCUGAAGCUGGCUUCCACAUGGUGGCCUGCAACUCUACAGGGACGUGCUCGUAUGGCAGCAGUGACCCAGGAGAGGACAAGAUGUGGACCAGCUACACCGAGUAUGUUUUCAGCCGGUGACUGCAUGAUUUUAGACCCAAAGUGGCAGUUUGCAAUUUGGAGGAUCUGGAGGAGAAUCUAUGGCUCCACGAAUAACUCAAAUUGGUCAUGCUAUGUAAAUGAUAUGAUACUGCAGUUUAACGUUUACAUGCAACAUCUAAUGUAUUUCAAUAGGCUUUAUAGUGCUAUUAGUUAAGGCUGUGUUUGUGAUUGAUGAGUGUGUUAUGGUUUGUUAAGGGGUGUCCAAACUUUUUCCACUGAGGGACGCAAACUGAAAAAAUCAAAAGAUGCAGGGCCCAUCGUGAUAUUCUAUGUAAUGUAUCAUUUUUAAUUUUGUAAUAAUUGUAAUAACUCAAUUUACCAUGCGAUACAUGGAUCACAAUAACAAUAAUAUCUCAACACGGUGAUCGGGUGAACCAAAUAAAUAAAAAUAAAUAAAAUAAAAAAUUAAUAAUUUCAUUUUGUUGUAUUCGGCAGCCAUAGGGUCCAUAUUACCCGUGACCCAAUAAGGAUAAGCGGUACAGAAAAUGGGUGGAAUUUUUGCAGAAUAUUUUAAUCAGAAUGCAAGCAGCAAAGCUGCUUUAGUGCAUUUAAAUGUCUUGACUAUGAAACUUUUUUAUAUUAGUUGGAUAUGUAGAUAUUUUGUCACAAAAUUUGUUUGGGAGUGAUGUUGGCUCCCAGCAUGCAUUGCGGCACUAAGUUUGUAAAAAGUUGCUGAAGUUACAUUUUUAGAGUUGUUUAUUAUUCCCCAUAGUAUAAGUUUCCUAUGUGUAUUUA